AUGCACAGGACCACCAGGAUAAAGAUCACCGAGCUCAACCCCCACCUGAUGUGCGCUUUGUGCGGCGGCUACUUCAUAGACGCCACCACCAUCGUGGAGUGUCUGCACUCCUGUGAGUGUCCUGGACCCCCGGCCGGGGCCACGCUGACCCAGGGGUGCCCCGAGCCCCGGGAAGGGUGGCCAGAGGAGAAGAAAGGGACUGUGGAGAACGGAGACCUGGAGAAGGAGAAGAACGGGGUGCGGUUCCUGCGCUGUCCCGCCGCGAUGACCGUCAUGCAUCUGGCCAAGUUCCUCCGCAACAAGAUGGACGUUCCCAGCAAGUACAAGGUGGAAGUCCUCUACGAAGACGAGCCCCUGAAGGAGUAUUACACCCUGAUGGACAUCGCCUACAUCUAUCCCUGGAGGAGGAGCGCCAAGGGGCUGAAGCCAUCUGCACCCCCGCAGCCCGCAGGGAUGGUGCCGGAGUCUGAACCGGCUCCAUCCCGCUGGGGCAGCCGGCUCGCAGCGAGAGCACGUGUGCCGGUGUGGGAGCGGAGAGAAAAACAAGGGUCUGCGGAGUCCAGCGAGUGCCAGGGCUGA